UGAAAACAUUGUCAAUAAAUUUCAUCUUAAUAUAUUGGUGAGUUUAAAUAAAGGGCCUGCUUUAUACAGCGAUUUAAGAUACAUUGCAAAGAGUAAAAAAAAAGAAAAGUCCAAAGCAAGGCUAAGGUAAUUUAACCAAGUGAACUAACACAAACUAUGAUAAAAUAUGUUAAAUUAACUUUAGAAACUAAUGCAAGAUAAGUUGUCUAAAUUAGUAAUACAAACAAAUGUCACCUUGUCUGCUAUAUUUUUGCAUUACUAGAUCAGUUUAUGAUAAAUUAACUUAGAAAAAAUAAGCAAAAUAAAUAACACAAACCAAGCUCAAAUAAAAGAUAAAUUAAGAUAAACUAAGCAAAGACAGAGUAAUCUAACACAAUCUAAGUUAAGUUAAACUUACCAAAACAAAAAUAAAAAUUCAAAUUAGUUAUUUGUUCCAAUAUUUAUCUUUGGUUAUUUUGUGGGUGAAUGUAAGGAAGGAUUUAACUUCCAGAGCUACAAAACAAAUACAUGAGCAGCAUCUCUUUAACAAGAAGGAACAUUUGUCAAUAUAGCCUUCUCAUUUUAAUGAGAUUUAGAACUAUUUUCAUCUUUAGAUUAUGGAUUCUAAAAAAGGUAUUCAAUUCAAUUGCUCCCUCUGACUCUCUUCUCACUGUUUCUUUGAGACAACACUCAAACAUCCAGGAAAGUACUGCUGAUUUACUUUAUGAGAACUUAUUUUGGCUUGAAAGAUAUAUAAAUCUUAAUACAACAAGAUACUGAUUGUAUUUUUUUCUAGCCCUGGCAGUUAAACACAAACACAUCUAUAAAAUGUAUUUAUAUUAUUCAGCAGUUAAGCCAUACAACAUUUUGCAACAUGCUUGUAUUAAAAACAUUCAAAAAGUAUUGGUACAACAGGUCUACUCCCAGUCACACGGUCACCAGAAUGCCAUUUAAAACAUGAUCAUACGAGCCUGUGCCUCUUAUCACUAGUUUGAACAGGACAAACAGAUCGAUGUGGACUGCUAGCAGUGGUAAAGUGCAGAAUUCAGAGUAAAAAAGAGAGGAAAAGAUGUCGUUUGAAGGAAAGAUUUACCAAGAUUUGACCACGGAUGAGGUUUCACCUUCUCAUCGACGAACAUUUGGACAAGCCCUGUUUGCAGAAAUUGGUGAAUAUACAUUUCAACACCAGCGACUGGUUGUACUAAGCUUGGGCCUGCUAAAUGCUGCUUUACUGAUUUCUGCUGCUGUCAUUGGGAUUUACUGUGCUAACGCCAAAGACCUUCAGGUAUCUGAUUUAGCAGCUUCACCCCUCCUUGUUGAGGUGAACUUUCUCCGCAACCACACGGAGAUAAUAAGACAGAGAAAGGAGGCCCAGAACACACUGGAGAAAGAGCGUGCCAACCAUGUUCAACUAAAGCUGGACGUGAGGCAGAAGAAGACUCUGACUGACAGCCUUCAAAGGAAAAUUAGCAUCCUGCAAACAGAGAAGACACAUCUUCUGUCCAAUGCAUCUGCUCUAAAGAAAAACUGUGGCAAAUGCCCUUCAGGAUGGCUCCUAUUGAAAACGUCAUGCUACUACUUUUCUAACUAUGAACCGGAAUCAAGAAAGAACUGGUCAGACAGCAGAGCUGACUGCAUUCGCCAAGGAGGCGACCUGCUCAUAAUCAACAACUUGGAGGAACAGCAACUGAUGAGUACAAAUUUUCCGAGGAUAGACAGCAGUAGCAUGUGGUGGAUGAACGGGUUCUGGAUCGGCCUUAGUGAACUAAAACAGCUGGGAACGUGGACAUGGACAAACAAUGUGACAGAGACGUCCGUAAUGUACUGGAGAAGUGGGCAACCCAGUCAUACUGGACCUCAGAGCGGGAACUGUGCUGCUUUUCAUUACUAUGGAGACACUAUCAGGACUUGGUACACUGGAAACUGCCAGCAGCAUCUACUGAACUGGAUCUGUGAGAUCAGGCAAAACAAUAGCUGAAAUCAUUUAAACAUGCAUAUGAACAGCCUGAAGACUUUUGCUAACCAUUCUAAUCUGUAAUGUUUAGCAAAGAUUUCACAAUUCAUAAACUGUGUAUUAAACAAUCUUUUAUCAGUUUAGAACAUUUCAGUCAAAGUUCGACAUGUGUAUGUGUUGCACUUUCUAUGCUUGUGUAAUUAAAAGGAAGUCUUAUUGCCAAAAUAAAUGUUAAAAAAUAAA